UUGUGUUUUCAUUUUGUUUUCUUGUAAGCACGACUAGCACGUGUAAAUUUUUGAAUUUCAGUUGAAAAUUCAGAAAUUAUGUAUCCCGAAUUUGAAGACUUAGCCCUCAAACUUUUCCACGUAGAUGCUGUUAAAUUUGGUGAAUUUAUGACUAAAAGUGGAAUAAAAACACCAGUGUAUUUUGAUUUAAGGGUUAUAGUGAGUUACCCUGAUGUGAUGGAGUUAAUAUCAAAUUUGCUCCAUAAUUUCGCUAUGAAAGGUCUUGAAUAUGAUCAUCUUUGCGGUGUACCAUACACUGCAUUGCCCAUAGCCACAUUACUUAGUGUUCAAACUAAAACACCUAUGCUAAUGAGACGCAAAGAAGCUAAAUCAUAUGGAACGAAAAAAAUGAUAGAAGGUCAUUAUAGUGCAGGCCAAAAAUGUCUAAUAAUUGAAGAUGUUGUUACUUCAGGAUCUAGUGUUAUGGAAACUGUAAAAGAUUUACGUAAAGAAGGCCUAAAAGUGAAUGACGCUAUUAUUAUACUGGAUAGAGAACAAGGUGGUAGUCAAAAUUUAGCAAACAAUAAUGUACAAAUCAAAUCACUAUUUACUAUGUCAACUUUAAUUGAGAUUUUGGUGAGGAAGGGGAAAAUUUCGGAAAACAUAGCUUUCAAAGUGAAACAGUAUCUCAAUGAUACAAAAGCUCCAUCUUCAGACAAUAAAAAAUCCAACAAUAGAAUGCUACUGACAUUUGAAAAACGAUCUGAAUUAUCCUCAAAUCCUUUAUCAAAGCAACUGUUCAAUAUCAUGGCCACGAAGAAAACCAAUCUUUGCUUAUCUGUUGAUUUGACAUCAUCCACCAGCAUACUGAAUCUUCUAGAAAAAGUUGGUGAGCACAUCUGUUUAGUGAAGACUCAUGUGGACAUAAUUGAAGAUUUCAAUCCCGAUUUUGUUGCACAACUGAAACAGUUAGCUGACAGAUUUAACUUUUUGAUUUUGGAGGACAGAAAGUUUGCUGACAUUGGAAAUACUGUGUCACUGCAAUAUCAGAAAGGGAUGUUUAAAAUAGCAGAUUGGGCUGAUUGUGUGACGUCUCACUCCUUACCUGGUGAAGGUGUACUGAAAGCUCUGAGUUCAUCAUGUAAUGGUGUAGCAAAAGGAGUUUUUCUGCUUGCUGAAAUGAGUAGUGAGGGCAAUCUUAUAACUCCAGAAUACAGAGAAGCCAGUGUGAAUAUGGCGGCCAAGUAUCCCAAUCUGGUUAUGGGAUUUGUUUGUCAAAAUAAGGACACUUUCAACAAUCCCGGUCUCAUUCAAUUGACGCCUGGAGUACAACUUGAAAGUUCUAAAGAUGACAUGGGACAGAUUUAUAAUACUCCGGAAAAAGUUAUUUUGGAAAAUGGUGCUGAUGUUAUAGUUGUAGGACGAGGCAUUGUUGCCUCCAAGAGCCCUGAAUCUCAAGCUCUGAUUUAUAAAGAGGCCUUGUGGAAAUGUUACACGAAACGUGUUUCUGGAAAAUUAGAGUAAACUUUCCAAGUCAUAAAUCAUCCUUGUAUAAUGUUUUGUAUUAUUAUGAAUAUGAAUAGGAUUUUUGCAGUUUUUUUAUUAUUCAGUUACAUUCUAAUAUAUUAUUCUAUAUUAAGAAGAAAAGUAAAUAAUUGUUUAAAGACAAUACUAAUAAUAGUCAUAAUUUUAAUAAACUCUCCUACACACCUAGAACAAUAUGCUUAAGUGUUCUAUAGUGAUGUAUGGUGCAAAUAGCAAUUCAUCAAUGCAGGUAAUGGUAUUUUGACUCGCCAUGAUCAUGGCUUAUAGUGUAAGUCUGGCAUAAACUGUGAUAUAAUAAAAUCUGGUGCUACAAUAUAAUAGGUUGUGUCAUCAAGUUCAUUAUAUCAAUAUUUAGAAUUAAUUUAAUUUCUACACAUUCCUACAUGUUAAUCAUGAAUAAAAAAGGUUGUAGUAAAUAAGUAGACCUAAGAGAAGUCCUGCGGCAGUUUGUGUAACUAUCAAUAACAAAUUGGCCACGUUGUUGUUGUCAGCGACGCCGUGUCAUUACUAUAACGCCGCGUCUACAGCAGUUCAUUCUUAGCGCAAACUCUAAAUAAGUUUAUUUUUUAUGUAGAUUAUAUGUUUUUAUUGUUAUUCAUAUAAAAAUGAUGUAGCAUUGUAAUUUUUAUUGUCAUUCUUAUAAGUGUUAGUAUUGUAAUGUUACUUAUCCUGUAAAACUCGGACCAAUUUUGGAAAUAUUAUCUAUCCAACCGUUUUAUCAUUGUUACAAGUUUAAACUAAAUUAAUAUAAAUAUAUUAGGACAAAUCACACAGAUUGAGCUAGCCCUAAAGUAAGUUCGAGACUUGUGUAAUGGGAUACUAACUCAACGAUACUAUAUUUUAUACCUCAAAUAAAAGUUGAAUACCUCAAAUAAAACAUGUUUAAAAUAA